GCGUGAUCUUUUCUUAAUCACUAAAUAAUCUGAAAGUAUGGUAUAUAUAGGGUAUGGUGGUUUCAUUAUAGUGCUGUUGCUAUAGUGAUGGAAAUGACAAAUACAAACAUGAAGUGAUCCUGCAGUGCAGGCCGAAUUGCUUCACAUUCCAUUAUAUUUUCUUUGUGGCAAACAAUUUUUUACACAUAUUUUACAUUAUGGCAAGUGCCACGAGCGCCAGCAGCUCCACCAAUAUAUCCAUUCAACAGAAAACCUCAGCAUCGAGCAACACUCGAUGUCCGAACAGACGACGAAGCUGUGAUACAAUUUGUUCUUCGAACUCUAACUGCUUCUUGCAGAAGAAGAAACCCCAGAACCCGUUAGCCGUUAAAUCUUGCUUGUCUAAGAACCACAAUGUUGUCAGGGAAAGGGUGAUGUCGGCAAAGCUGGUCAGAUUGAGGAAUCUUCAAAGCCAACUGAACGAUGCUAAUUAUCAUUUAAUGGAAUUAGCGAAGGAAAAUAGGGCCCUUAAGACGUUACAGCGCAGACAAGACAGGGCCUUGAACAGUUACGAAGGAAUCAACGCCGAUUUACCUCGAUUAAUAAAGUCGCACGAAGAAGACAAUCGAAUCUUGACAGAAAGAAAUAGAACUCUAAGGAAAACGAUCAAAGAACUAAACGAGCAAAUCAAAAUUAAAGACGAAGAAUUAAAUAGUAUCAGGGAUCAAUUGAAGCAUCUAACCAUGCUCUCCAGAGAUAAACAUCUUGGCGAAAGAGAGAAGCUCAAGGAACAAUUGGAAGAUGCAAAAGAGCAGAAUAGGAAGUACGAAACGGAAAUAAAUAUGCUACACCGAAAACACAUGCUUGAGUUGAAGAAUUCCAAGCAAAGGAUAAACCUUGAAAUCGCCAAAAACAAGAGCACGCAAAGGGAAUUAUCUCAAGCCUUAUCUGAGAUAGAUAAGCUUUCAAAUGAAAAUAAAACUGGUAAAUUGCCAAAACGUCGAUUCAGGAGCAAUUCGGGACAGAGGCAAUCGCAUUCAAUGGUAUGCUUGACGAACAACAAUGAAACUUCUGAACUUGACAUAAAAGAAGAUAUUCAGAGUGAUUCCUCUACAGAAAUUAAGCUGGAGCCCAUUAAUAUUAGAGACAGUCCGCAUGUGCAAAGUACAAUGCAAUCACCUGCGGAAAAAAUAAAAGCUCGGUUGUCUGGCAAUCCGGUCCAUCAAAUUUCCGAUGUACUCGAAAAACUUUCCUUGGAAGAAGAGAAUAUUAAGAAAUCAAUGUAUUCCUUGCGGAGUUCCCGUCCGCAUUCGACUAAAUUGGAAACUCUGCAUAAGAAAUCAAGCGAAGAAUCCUUAAAAAACACUGCUGAAAAUUUGGAAGAAUGCAAGUCAAACAUUAUUGAGACCAUAAUGAAAGUGAACAAGGUUGUUGAUAAGCAAACUGAAAUAUUCGAGGCGUCCCAGUUGGAAAGCGAGAAAAUCAUGAAUGAUUUGAAAGAGGCCGAUAAUAUGGACAACAAAAUAAGAGACAAUCAAUUUGAUGAACUCCUGCUGAAAGACGAAGACUUUGAUUUAGUGAAUAAAAUUUGGGAGGAUGAAUAUGAGUUUCGAAAAGCUGUAAACCCAACGACCAAGAAGGAACCAACUGUAGGACUUGAAGAAAAGAAGAAGCUAUUAGCCACUCUCAGAGACAUAGACAAUGGAAACAGCAUUGAGGAAGUUCCCCAAGGCGAUGUCGACAUCAAAAAAAGUAGAUUAAUGAAAGACCUAUUCGGUUAACGCUCCUUAAAUUUAU